GCCAUGGUGGCCAAUUACACAGUCUUGACUCAUGCGUAAUCACGUGGUCCUAUGGAGUGUGUAUAUAUACAUAGUUAAAGUCAGAUAGUCUAAUAUUGUUGGCAGAUGUUCUUGUCGAGGAAACAACACACAAAGGGCAUCACCAUGAACCAGUCUCUGACAUUAGCCAUCCUACUCUGCCUCCCUUGCCUCAUCUCGGCUUCUUGCAUGGCCGGCCGGGUCAAGACGAGGACAAACCAACGGACCGGACAACAGGAAAAGUACUGCACGUAUGGGUCAAACACGUUCGGCGUGAACGAGUACUACUUUGACGCAUCGAGCUGCAUGAACUGUACAUGUUCAUCGUACAUGAUGUCAUGCUGCGGAGUUGGGCAAUCAGCUGGAGUUAUGCGAGUAGCCCCUCCUUGUAAGGUGAAGAAAGUCGGCCAGUGUGGGGUAAAGAUCGUCAGAAUAGACAACGAAGACAUCCCCUGCUAGAAUAUAGUGUUGAUGGCUUGAGUGACGGCCAAUCUUACUCGGCAUCUUAUACUGGACUACAACAGCUGAAAUAAACCAUUUGACAACUAUCAA